AUGUCUCUCAGGCGCUCAGCGAGAGUGGCAAGUACCACCAAGCCAUCUCCUUCGGAUCCAGAAUCUAAAAACGUAGCUGCAAAGUAUAAACAAGCCGACAAACCCGUUGCGCCCCCCAAGAAGCGCAAGGGAAAGUUACUCCGUUCUUCACCACCCCAAGUUCCGCAAACUCAAACCAGUGAACCAUUAAACGAAACAAGAGCUACAAAUGGAUCCCCCACCAAACCACCACCACCCUUCACACUCACCCCAUCAGGCGCGACCCUCCUCCGUCCAGACCCCGCCCUCACCACGCUUCCCACUUCAACCCGCCCCGCAGAACCACACGUCACCAACGCCACACUCUCCACCCCCAAUGGCUCCCAUGUCGUCGCAUACCGCAGUUCCCCCAUCAAGUCCGACGACACCUCCCCCACCAAACGCCGCAAGGCCAGGGAAGUCGUUCCCCCUGAUGUCGGCGCGCUCCCGGCCGCAAGCACAAAUGUGCAGCAGCUGCUGAAAGACGCAGAGGCGCAUCUGAUCAGGACGGACGAGCGGCUGCGGGUGCUGGUGGAAAAGCAUCGGUGCGAGAUGUUUAGCCCCGAGGGGUUGAAAGAGGUGAUUGAUCCGUUUACGGAGUUGAGUAAGGGGAUUAUAGGACAGCAGGUCUCCGGCCAAGCCGCAACCUCGAUCCGCCAAAAAUUCACCUCCCUCUUCCCAACCACACACCCCUCCUUCCCCUCCCCCUCCCAAGUCCUCGCCCUCGACCUCCCCACCCUCCGCACCGCAGGCCUCUCCCAGCGCAAAGCCGAAUACAUCCACGGCCUGGCUGGGAAAUUCGCCUCGGGGGAGCUAAGCGCCGCGAUGCUCGUGGGCGCCAGCGAUGAGGAGCUCGUGGAGCGGCUGGUGGCGGUGAGGGGGCUGGGUCGGUGGAGUGUGGAAAUGUUUGCGUGUUUUGGGUUGAAGCGGAUGGACGUGUUUAGUACGGGGGAUUUGGGCGUGCAGCAAGGCGCUCAUUCUGGCGCUGGGAAGGGAGAGCGGACAGACUGGAUCAGGGGCUAA